CAUCCCUAAAGGAAAAAAAAGAAAUAUCGUAGAGAAGAGCGACGCCAGAAAAGUCUGUAAAAGAAGGAAAGCGAUAUAUAAAGAAUAAUUUGGUUAAAACUGGAGCAAAUAGGUACAAUCCCGUUGACAAGCACACGGUGAUCAAAGUAAGUCUAAUUCCAUCGUUUUAAAGGAAACCGAUUCGCUUCAUUGGGCAGGGCGACGCUUUCCUGGGCAACAGGCAGGUCUUCUGCUUAAAUUUUAAUAUCAUUGCUGUUGCUACCAUGCCACUCCACAAAUCAUCUCGAACCCCUCGUCUGGACCCCACCAUGAUCUCUGCUCCCUUGGGGGAUUUUCGUCACACCAUGCAUAUUGGUCGUGGUGGAGACGCUUUUGGUGACACCUCGUUCCUGUCCAGCCAUGGCCCCUCUGGUCCUAAUCCCAACUCUGAGCAACCAGUCGGGGAAGCCACUGUAGAGACCGCAGACAUUCAGAUGAACCAUAAUAAUGAUACUGAAUAUGCCGAAGAAGAUAUCGGUCCAAGUGAGCUCCGGCACGCCGAUUCAGUUUCCUCCUUUGACCUCGACUUCGAUUUAGGGCCUUCGAUUUUAGGAGAUGUGCUGGGAGUGAUGGAUGGACUGACCAUGGGUUUUCACAAAGACAGCGAAGAGGUGUUUAGUCCCAGCAAGAGCACAAGAGAUGGGAUGAUGUCGCCAAGGAGUGCUGCCAAUGAGUUGAAUGAGAGGAUGAGAAUGGAAAGCGUGACCAAAGAGGUGAGCCAACAAGAUGAGCAACUGAACGAGAUGAAUGGCGUGAAAUCAAAAGGGCUCAGGCCUAAAGUGCGAUUCAGCGACAAGCGUGAUGAGAUCAUCGGCCGGCAGGAAGCAAUUGAGGGGCUAGACGUGGAAGGUGAAGAAGAAAUGAGCUUGAGACCAAAUAAGGAGAUGCAGGAGAUUAGUGGAAGAAUAGUUUAUGACAAAGACCCAAGACAAGCAGAGAUGGUUAAUCGGAAGGAGGACAACUCUCCAAGCACCUCUUCCUCAAUGAGCUCAGAAUAUGAGGGAGUCUCACCGUUGGACCGGAGGAGAGAAAACCAACAUCUUUCAGAAACAGAUUCAGAGGAGGAGGGUGUCAAUGGAGAACAAGGAUACACUUUUGAGGACGAGUUUGAUGAUGAGAUUGGCCUAUAAGAGGACAUAGCGAGCGAUUUGAGGACCAAAAAUAAGUCAUUAGCAGAAUUUAUGGAUCAUGAUGACUUGUGGACAGAAUCAUACUUUAAAAAAAAUCCAAACGCAGAGAAAUAAUGAAAAUGUCCUUCUUGAGGUAAUAACUGGACUAUUUGGAACUCUCUUUUCCACACUUUUGAAGUUUACGAUGGUGUUUGCUCAGUUUCAAGUCUAUUUUAUGAAAGAAAGACAAUCUUACGGUUUGUCUUUUUAUUGGAUUUUGUAAGUACAAAUUUUGAGAGUCUCCCACGGCCAUGGUCUAUCGUCUUAAAGAACAACCCAAGGACAAUUUUCUGCAUAUAUUCCCAAGGUAUAUAAAACGGUUUAAUAUUUCAACUUAUUAGUACUGUUGUUGGACACUUUACCUUCUUCAGUUAACUGGAUACAGCUUUAAUCUCAAUGGAGAGUGAAUACCUGCAGUACAGACUCUUUUUUUUUAAGCCAAACACCAUAUUAAUUAUUGUUUAUAUUAUGGUUAUAUACAGUGCCUUACAGAAGACACUGAAGAUGUUUUCCAUAUUUGUCUUGCUUGGUGUCACUGAAAAGCCAGCGAAGAAGCUUUUCUUUUUGUGGGAAGUUGCUGAACGCAUUCACAAAUGCUGGAAUUUUCUCCUGGGAGUUUUCAUUAUUACAUAUGCAUACAUACAUACAUACAUACAUACAUGCAUAUCCUAAAAUGCAAUAAGCAAUCAGACUGCUUUUUGUUUUUGGAGUCUCUUAAAAAGUGUAAAAAUGAAAAGCACACAAUAUAGUUACACACUACAAAAUAGUCUUAAAGCUUAACAAGUGCUAAACGCAUAGUUUUUAAACUGUGAAUGAAAAACAAAACUCAUAUUCUGGUUGAUCAUGUAGGUUGACCAGAUUCAUAAAGGGAAGCAUGAAAAGCUUUAAUAGGUUGGGUUUAUUUUUUUUUAAAGCAAUCGCUUUUAUCUAGCUUCCACAUUUGUAUGAUUUGAAUACUAUAACGGACAAUCAGUAGUUAUUUUACACUCAAAACCACUCUGCCAAUUGAAAUAAUGUAUAGACCAAAAUGUGUAAAGUUUUAUAAAACUGCCAUCUGGCAUUUUGUAUUCUUAGAAUGUGCUGAUGGAAGGUAAAUGAAUUUCUGUAAUGCUAUUUUUAUUGAUAUAAAUAUUUUUUUUAUUUUAAAAUCAGGUAAAUAAAUGAAUACUUUACUAUCUU